AUGACCGACGACCGGGUCCUGGCGGCGCCGACAGCGACGCUCGAGACGAGCGACGUCCUCCUCUACGUCGCUUGCCUCGUCGUCUUUGUCAUUGUGCUCGACGCGUUCCUGCACUCGCUCGAGCACGCGUUCAAGCGCCAUCGCAAAUACGCCGAGAUGCUGCACAAGACGACCCAAGAGCUCAUGAUUGUCGGCCUCAUCUACCUCAUGGUCAAGUUCUGCCUCUAC